AUGGAGCCCCCUGUCUUGUCCUUCUACGGCGAGAAGCCCGUCCCGCUGCCAUCGCGUUUCGGUCACUUGAAGCGUAGAUUAGUGGCCGGCCACGAACCCGCACUUGAAGCAUCUUGGGGCCGACUGCUGACUGCGCUUCGGGACGAAAUCAAGCAUAUCGAGGCUGGCGGUACUGAUUUAAUACCAUCAAUUGAUUUUGCCGAAAUUGACGCCUCGACAAAAGUCACGCAGUUCACCAACCAUGUCAAGCGCUAUGGAAUUGGAGUGGUGCGAGGCGUUGUCGCGCCGUCAGAUGCGAAGGCCUGGGUAGACGAAACGAAGCACUACCUCGAGACAAAACACGAGUUCAAGCCUCCCCCAGCACAGGACCCUACUUGCUACGACUUUUUCUGGUCGCCUUGCCAAGUGCGCGCAAGAGCCCACCCAAAGGUGCUCAAGGCGCAGAAGUUUGCCAUGUCCAUCUGGGAAACUACCGACGAUGACAGGUUGGCCACAAGGUUUCCUAUAUGCUAUGCCGAUCGUAUUCGAAUAGACACCGACACCACAAGCGACCUCAACGUCGGUAACGGGCCUAACCUGGAGGAUUCUCUACCUCCUGCAGCCGGGAAGCUCAUUGCACAAAUCGAUAAUGGCAGUCUAGAGCGGUGGGAAAUUGACGGAUACGGCCACAGUGGUUGCUACGAUGCUAUUUGGAAAGGUGAAUGGGAGAAAUACAACCCCUGGGACCCAACCGGUCGUAUCAACGCUACCAUUGAUUUGUAUAAUGGUGCAGGUGCUUGCAGCAUGUUCCGCAUGUUUCAAGGCAUUUUGGCCUUGACAACUGUUGAGCCCGGAAUGGUGAGGCUACUCCCCUCACCCAAGCUCGCAACAGCAUACUUCUUGCUGCGCCCGUUCUUCUCGGCCAUAAAGCCACCUCCGGAGAGCAGCCAGGAUUCAGAGGCAUGGGAAGCCUACCUAGAUGCGUCAAAUUGGCAAUUGGAAAAAGAGCAAUCGACAAUUAUCCACGGUGCAGUUCCUGGCCAUGCGCAGCGAGUCACAGACAACUGGCAUCCACAUCUGAAUCUGAACGCAAGCCUAGUCGCUCCUCCGACGUUGCAGCCUGGCGACUACAUUGUCUGGCACCCAGACCAGCCCUACGCUUUUGAAAAACCUCCGCCGAGCUUGUCAAUGCUGGUCUAUACUCCUGCGGCGCCGCUCACCCAGACGAAUGCGCUUUUCCUCGCAAGGCAACGGAAAGCAUUCUUACGUGGAACACCUGCCCCUGACUUCGACAGUACAGGUAGUGGUUUGGGGAGCGAGGCGCCCCAUAGAGGCAGGCUCGAUGAGAAGGAUAUCGCGGAAGUGGGAGGUGAAGAAGGCUUACAAGCCAUGGGUUUAGCGCCUUGGAUUUUUGACAAGUCCAAGGUGGAAGAAUCCAAGAUGGGCACACCUGCAGAAUCCAAAUCCGGUACUCCCACCGAAGACAUUGAGACGUUCAUCAUAAAUGGAUUGACGGACCGAACUGUGAAGUCGGAAGACAAGAUCUCGGCUACGGAGGCAGACGUUGCGCGAAUUGCUAACAUGGUAUUGUUCCCGGAAAGGUUUGACUUCUGGAUGCCAAGCAGGAUGCCAACGCCGGUAAUAGAAGGGGGCAAGGGCAAAGAGAAAGAGGUCAAGAGAGUUUAG